UCCAAGAAGAAAUAUCUUCAAGUGGAUUAGAAAUUAAGAAUGGAAAGAAAAAAAUAGAACGUUCUUCCAGCACGCGGGAAACACCGGCGCAGCAGCCUCGUCAUUGCUUCUUCCAAGCUAGUAGCCGAAACUAGUGUCAAGAUUUGUAUGGCUGCAAACCUGUUCUAGGCCUGCCUGGACCAGCCCCGCCACCGACAAAUAACAACUGGAGAGGGGGCCCCGCCGGCCGCCGUCCUCGCAGAGCCCACUUUCGGAGACCGGCGACCCGACCACGACGGCGACGAAUCCAAGCCCGCCACGCGACGACCAAGUCGUCCCUUCCCUCCCCCUCCCCUCCCCAGGUUUCCUUUUACCCCCGGUCGAUCCCCCCCGAUCAUUACGUGUUCCUGCGAAUUCAUGGUCACGUGCGCGCGUCGUCCGCCGCGUGCAAAUAAAUACUCCCCGCGACCGCCGCCGUCGACCUCACCCCAGUUGCCGCCCCCACCGGGUGCCUUGUCCUGCCGACCUGCCCCUUCAAUGCCCUGUCUUCCCUACCAUGACCACCAAGAAUCUUAAGCAGCAACAGGCGCAGCCGCAGCCGCAGCAUGUGUUGCCCAUGGUGUUGGCCGGCAUCGGCGGCAUGGCCGCCGCGCCGGCUUUCCCCGUCCGGACCAAGCUCCUGCUCUGCGCCGCCCUCGGCUUCGCGCUCGGCGUCGUGGCCACCGCCUCCAUCCUCAUGAGCUCCUCCGCCUCCCCCUACGACACCUACACGGCGUCGCUCCACGCCCACGGAGAAGCGCUCGCCGGGCUCUUCCUGCCGACAUCCGCCGACGCCGCGAACGCCGUCCAGGACCGGCAGCAGGAGCCGCCAACGGCGCCGCGCCCGCCACAGCCGGAACAAGGGCCUUGGUCGUCGUCGGAGGCGCCGCCGGCGGGCACGCCGGCGGGCAUUAGCGCUUUCACUAAUGCCCCUCCGCCACCGACGGCGGCUGGCGGUGCCUCGUCCGGGGGCGCUGAUAGAAUCGGCGGCGACGACGACGAUGAGGAGCUGAUGGCUCUUGCAGCGUCCGCGCCGCGGUCGGUGCCGGCCGGCGCGGCACCCAAGGUGGCGUUCUUGUUCCUGACACGGUGGGACCUGCCCAUGGCGCCGCUGUGGGACAAGUUCUUCGACGGCCACCACGGGCGCUACUCCGUCUACGUGCACACCGACCCGGCUUUCAACGGCUCCGAGCCGCCGGCGACCUCCGCCUUCCACGGCCGGAGGAUCCCCAGCAAGGAGGUGAAAUGGGGCCACAUCAGCAUGGUGGAGGCGGAGCGCCGGCUGCUGGCGCACGCCCUCCUGGACGACCCCUCCAAUGCCCGCUUCGUCCUCCUCUCGGAGUCGCACGUCCCGCUCUUCGACUUCCCCACCGUCCACUCCUACCUCGUCAACUCCGCCGAGGUGUUCCUCGAGUCCUACGACCAGCCCGGCGCCACGGGCCGCGGCCGCUACAACCGCCGCAUGAGCCCCGUCGUGACCGCCGCGCAGUGGCGCAAGGGCUCCCAGUGGUUCGACCUGGACCGGGCCCUCGCCGCCGACGUCGUCGCCGACCGCGUCUACUUCUCCGUCUUCCGGCGCUUCUGCAGGCGCAGCUGCUACGCCGACGAGCACUACCUGCCCACGCUCCUCCACAUCCGGCGGCCCGCGGCGGCCGCCAACCGGAGCCUCACGUGGGUCGACUGGUCCCGCGGCGGCCCGCACCCGGCGAGGUUCACCAGGAUGGAGGUCACCGUCGACUUCCUGCGGUGGCUCAGGAGCGGCAGCACGUGCACGUACAACGGCAGGACCACCGACGUCUGCUUCCUCUUCGCGAGGAAGUUUUUGCCAAACUCACUCACCAGGUUCUUGAGAUUCGCGCCCAAGGUGAUGGGUUUUGGGUAAACCGAUGGGUGCAGUGAGUGCUCACAUUCUUUGAUUCAUGUGUUGUUCCGGAUGGGCGCGUGUAAAGGCAAUGGAUCUCUUGUAAUUUAAAUUCUCCUUUUGAGAUCUUCUUUUGUAUGUAUAGACACAAGUCUCUCGAUACAAAAUACAUGCGGUUAGGAUU